CAAUCUGACCCACACAUGUACUUGAAUCAAUGGUUGAGAAUGAGGGAUUAAGAAGGAGAAAGAAGCCCUAAGGUGGAGGAUCAUCUCAGCCACGCCGCAUCCUCCCAUCGUCAUCUCAGCCACCCUGAAUCUUCCCACCGUCACCUCCUCCACGCGAGUCCAGCCAAAGCCGUCACCUCCUCCAUGCGAGUCUAGCCACGCCGCCACCGCUGGAGCUCCUCUCCUCUUCGGGUUAGAAGAGGAGGGGCGUCGGCCAUCCGCCUGCAGCCUUUCGUCACACAUCUUGUCCCAUCGCCCCAUCUCCAUCCAGCCGCUUCGUCGGCCUUCUUCGUCAAAACCAUUGCCACUACCAGAGUUCGCUUCAUCUUCACCACUAAGUCCCUCUCCUCUUCGAGUUAGAAGAGGAGAGGCUCCGAUCAUCUUCCAGCGGCUUCUCCGUCCAGAACGCACUCACCCUCACAUAGUCUCGAUACUGCCGAUCAUAUUUUCUUCGGGUUAGAAGAAGAGAUUCGGCCGCCCUUUUCUUGAACAGCAGCCUCAUCUCCAUCGUUGGCGUAGUCCUCUCAUUCCCAGCCUUCCACGAAGUUCUCCCCUUUGGGUUAGAAGGGGCGAACUCCUUCCAUCACCGAUUUUUACUAUGCUGUCCCCACAAAAAGAUAGCGAACCUCGAUCAGAUGGUGGUGGCAGUGGUGGCGCAGGAGGAGAUGCAGAAUGGCUUGGUACCCUCUCUGAAAUUGAGCUGGAUUUUCUUAUCAGUUUAAAAGAGUUAGUUAUUAGGCGAGCAACUACUAUUGGCCAUAAACAUCUGGCUGAUAAAUUUGAUGUGAAGAUGCUGAGAGGUCUGGGAAUUGCAAUGCUGGAAUAUGCCAAAAACCAUACCGAAAGUGUUCAAUCUCCAAGCUUGAAUAAAACAUUGGCGUUAUUUUACGGACAUGGUUCAGCACGUUCGAGUGACCAUGAACCUGGGACAUCCAAUGGAGGUUUGCAAACUCCAAGCAAUGUCACUCCAAGGCGAAAGCGCAUGUGGGAAGGGUUAUGUGAGAAUGCUGCACCCAGAUUCUCGAAAAGAAGGUGCUUGUAGGUAAUAAAGGAAGAUACAACCCUCACUAGUGAAGUAUGAAGGCGUCUUUUGUUUAUGUGCCCUUUAUAUGUUGUUCAUCAAGUUCUCUUCUCUUUGUUGUUGUGGGGUUUGGGCACAAUUCAAUUUAUCUAUUCAUUGAGAAUUAAAAUGAAACUAAAUUGAAGUAUUUUGAUUUAAAA